UUUUCUUGAAAACAUUUCGCCGCCAUGAUGUCAACUAGAAUGUCGAGAAACAUGGAAGAACACCAGCAACUGAAUUCGGGUCCUCCUAAGAGAUCCAUCGAUGACUUGAUCGAGAAUAUCUCUGCUGACAGAGUGGACAGCGAGGGUCAGUACAACCACCUGGGGUUCCAGCCUGUGGCUCCCCAGUGGCCAUCGUACCUGCACCAGCAGCCUCAGCAGCGCCCUCAGUUUAUACCUCACGAGAUUGAUCAGCACCUGCACCAAUAUAUUAGCACAAGACCCAAUCCUCAACCACUAAUCAGCGGUCACAAUGAGGACUUUGUUGACUUUUACAAUUUCAGCAGCCCACCGGUCAAUUCUCUCUUUCCUCUGCAGGAUGCCUCGGUUCUUAGGUUCAAUAACUUUGGAAGCUUCCGCGAAAAUGAUGAUUUCGCUAUGUUUGGAGCAAACGUUCCUCCACAGCAGCUGCAACCAGCACCGCCGCCACAGCCACCGCCACCGCAGCCACAGCAGCAGCAGCAGCAGCAACAACAACAACAACAAAUCCCUCAGCGAGAAAGGGAUUAUAUUGAAAAUUUGAUGUCCAACUGGUCGUCUCAUGGCAGCGGCACUUACAGUCCAUUUGGAACAGUGACAUCUCCAGAUCGUGUCACAGAACAACACACACAACCACUGGAAGAAAAGAUUGUUCCAAAAAAGAGGAUGGUUGCAGAGGUCAAGCCAAUGCGACCGUCCUAUUCGGACAUUGUGAGCAAAUCACCACCGACUAAACAUCGCAACUCCAGUCCCAACACUUCAAACAAAACCGACUAUGUAUCUUCUCUGAAAACAACAAAGUCUGCACCCAAGAACAGCAAGGUUGCCAAUGGCAAGAAGGGCAAUGCCAAUGGAUCUUCGCUCAAGCGCCAGCUUUCUGGAGACGAACCUACCGUUCUGAAGGCUGGUUUGGAAGCCAGACCGUCAUCGCCUAUUCCUAUUAUGUACCAGAGAAGGGUGUCCAUCGAGGACAGCUCUGUUGGCGGAGAUGAUGAUGAAGACAGGUCCGCACAUGAUAGCUCGUCUCAGUCGGGCGACUCGUCUGCCAAAAACUCUGACUCGUUCAAAGUACGAGCAACCAAACUUGACUGCCGAAACAUGGAAGGGGGUGUGCCAUUGAACAAUCACAAGGCUUCCAAGCCUGGAGUUGCCAAGCGUCCUCUGCACAUAAACAACAAUCUCAACCUCCCUUCGAGAUCUAAUGAGAAAAAUAUCGUCAAAGUUGGAAAGCCGUGCAAAAACUGCGGAGAAGAUAGGAGGGGAACUAGUGGCUCGUCCUCAACUGGAGUAAAAAGUGACAGUAAGAACAAUAAGCCCAGAAGUUCCAGCCAGAGCCAUGAAAAGUCAGGCUUACGCAAAGGCAAAGGGAAGAAACGAGACUGUCCUUAUUCAUGGAGCGUCCUGUGGCCCAUCAUUUACAGGCACAUGAUUCAGUGGUUUGCUGUAGCUUGGCUGGCAAUUUCAUGGUUUCUGCACCUCCUCUCUGAUGUGCUCGGCAUGAGCUCCAAACUGGGAUGGCAUCUUUGCGGAUCUGCGUAUGGCAAAGUGAAACAAUGGGCCACUGAUAGUUGGGGAUACCUGAAGAACUCGCUUCCCUUUGUGUCCGCCUCUCAGCAGCAACAACAUCGACGCUCCCGGCAUCGGCAGCAGGCAGCCCCUCCUCGUUGGUGGAGCAAGUGGAUUCCUAAAUGGCUCAAAUGCGGCAGCAAGAAGCCGUGGGAAUCAAAUGAACCUGCAAAACUAGAAGCCAACCUACCCUUGCCCACCACUGGAGACGAGGCGAUGAAGAGACUGCUUUCUUGUAGAGGAAAAGAUCCCUAUAGCAUCCUUGGCGUAGCCCCCACCUGCACAGAUGAUGACAUCAAAAGGUACUACAAGCGUCAAGCAUUUCUUGUGCACCCUGACAAAAACAGUCAGCCAGGAGCUGAGGAGGCCUUCAAGAUUCUUGUGCAUGCUUUUGACCUCAUUGGAGAACCAGGCAAGCGGCAGUUGUAUGACACUGAGCUGGCUCGUUCUCACCUUGAAGAGGCUGCGUACAGCGAGCUGAGUGAUUUGCUGAACCAGUUGCACCAGAAGAUGGAAGAGGCGGCCAACACCAUCCGAUGCACCAAUUGCGGCAAACGGCACAAGCGUAUUCCUGUCGAUAGGCCCUGCUACGCGGCAAGAAUGUGUUCACAGUGCAAAAUCCAUCAUGCUGCAAGAGAGGGUGAUAUCUGGGCUGAGAGUAGUCUGAUGGGCUUCCUUUGGUACUACUACGCAUGCAUGGAAGGAUCUGUCUACGAUAUCACCGAAUGGGCUGCCUGCCAAGCAGAUAAUUUGCGUCACUUGAAAGCUAACAGCCACGCUGUCCAGUAUCGCAUUGUCCUAGGAAAGCGAAACAACCAGCAAUCGAGCAAAAGCAGGUCUGAUGACCGCAAACAACCUGAAGCUCAGAGUGAGCCAGACUUGGAGGAUUUCCUAAACAGUCUUUACAGCCAGAGCAACGGACGCAAGGAGAAUGAUAGUCCUCACAACAACGAACAAGCGCGGAAAAGGAAAGCUCGUCGCAAGAAGUAAAUUUUUUCAGUUUUUGAAAUGGAUUCAAAUUGCUGCUGGUCAACAACCCUCACACCUUCUUUUAUUUUUGUUGACAAUUCUGUGCAAUAAUUGCAGUGUUAGCAAGAGUAGCUUCACUAGUUUGAGCGUGUGUCAACAUUCUCAAAGCUUUGAACAUGAAUGACGUUUUAAUUCCUUAGAGCUUCAGUAACAAUUCAAUCUCAAGUUGUUCCCUCUUUUAAAAAGUUGUACUACUUCAAAGUGUGUAAAUUUCCCGAUAUUUUAAUUCCUCUGCAAAGGUGUGCUUGUUGAGGGAAGGCACUAGCUUUCACCUGACGAGACUUGUGAAAUUAAGUUUCAUUGUUCAAAAGAAUUAAAGUCUUAAUUUGUGCUAAUUUUUUUAGUUUGUUGGAUGUUCGUAUUUUUAACAUUUAACUGCUGGAAAUUGCUUACAUAAGUGUAAUAAAUAAAUAGUUUAAAAACUCAAA